AGGAAGAACAAUAGUUUCACCGCUCUCUGAUGUUUUUUGCAGACACUGGUUUAAUACAAACUGUUAGAAACGUUGUUUCUGUAAACAGAGAAAUAUGGGAUUUGGGUUAGCCUGAUAAAUACCUGUAGGAUUUGCAUCCUCACAGUCUUGACUAAGUGUUGAAGCAAGCAGUAAGAAGUAUCAUCUGAACCAAGAUCUGCUGCUGUGAAGAUGGUGUUUGUUAAAGAAGAGAUUGAGGAGAACAUGACAGAACCAGAAACAUGGAGAAUAAAACAAGAGGAAACAGAAACAUGGAGAAUAAAACACAAGGAACCAGAAACCUGGAGAAUAAAACAUGAAGAACCACAAACCUGGAGAAUAAAACAUGAGCAACCAGAAACCUGGAGAAUAAAACAUGAAGAACCACAAACCUGGAGAAUAAAACAUGAGCAACCAGAAACCUGGAGAAUAAAACAUGAGGAACCAGAAACCUGGAGAAUAACACAAGAAGAACCAGAAACCUGGAGAAUAACAGAAGAAGAACCAGAAACCUGGAGAAUAACAGAAGAAGAACCAGAAACCUGGACAGUAAAACAUGAGGAACAAGGCCUGAUGAAAGAAAAGGGGCAAGAUUUGGAUGAGGUGGAGGAGAAACAUCAGGAUCAAAAAGAUCAUGAAGACACUGGAGAAACAUCAGUGAGAUGCAGCAUUCGGAAAACAGGCGUCAAAGGGCUUUCAGCUGCUCUCAUGUGGGAGGAGUUUCACACAGAGACGUGA